CGGAGUAUCCCGGAACGUGACCGUGAGCGAACUUCACAACGUGUUCCACAUUCGCCGUCGACGUCCCGCGCGUCAUCCGCCAUGUCUCCACGUCAUCCAUCAACACCGAGCGCGAGAACUGAAAGCUCCGAGAAAGGACUCGGUCAGGACGAUGCAGGAGGCGCGUCGCGCGACACAGCCGAUGUGACAGACAGCUAUGAGGAGACACAAGGCGGAGACGACGAUGAGGACGAGGACGAAGAUGGAGAGAAGACGAGGACGCGCUUCCGGGCAGAAAGGCGAGAGAACCCCGCCAUGUCAUCAACAGGAAAGCGCCGAGAAGAGAUUCCGGACUCGCUUGACGCCGUGAUAAGUGCGGAAGAUGCAGCCAAGGUGGAUGCUUACCUGAGCAGAGAGGAGGAGAGAAAAAGGAGUCGCCGCGGCGGAACGGCCAGGGGUAUCAGAUCCUUCCAGAAGAGAUGUCACAGAGGUGCUGGUGGCAACAAGCCUCUGCCACCACACAUUGACCCGUGGAUGCCACACUCCGGGCCGCUGGCCUUGCAGCAGGGACGGUUUCUUUCCCCUAACCUGGGAGGAGGUCCACAGAGGAGGUUUCCAGCAGUGCCGUGCAUGAAUGACAACAACAUGCGAGGGAAGAUCUUUGUCAACCCACAGUUCCACAAUGGUAGCAUGCCACCCAGAGGACCGGGGAUGCAUAAUGAUGGUGUGGGGAUGGGUCGACCUCCUCCGUACCAACAACUGAAUCAUCCCCAUCAGCAAGGUGGCCUGUACCCGAUGAGGCCCGAGUCAUUUCCCUUCAUGAGGCCUCCAGUCCCAUCGCGACCUGAGCAGAGGGUACCGCCGUUCUCCCAGAAUCCAGGGAACGGACGAGGGUUCCAGCGACCCCCUCAUGCGUCUCAGACGACAUAUGCUAACAAUGGGCCACAUCCUCUGGCACCCGCACAGUUUUCAACGGCAAUGGAUCGAUUCGUUCCUACCUCGCGGCCUGGACUGGAACCAUUUGAGAUGCCUCCACCUCACAUUGACUUUGGGCCAGGACGAAAUGGAGAGUUCCCACCACGCCGUGAUAUCGAUCCCUGGGUACACCCCGCAGGCAGCGGACAUCAUGGCAUCGCCCCUGGUGCUCGACAGCAGUCUCAGCCUUUUGGAAGUCCUCCACACUACACCAACGCCCCACUACAGCCACCGCAGCAGCAUCACAUGUCUUCACCUGUCCCAGCGCACCCUUUCCCCGUGGUGUCGCAGCAUCAGCAUUGUCCUCCACCGCAGAUUUCCCAGUCUGCUGGCCAACCUCCGCAAGAGCAGCACUACCAGCAUCGCCCGCCGCCCCAUUUCCAUCAGCAGCAGGGUGCUCCUCCGCAGAUGAUGCACGCUUCCCACCCGCCGCCACCUCACCCUCCGCACCACCACCACGGGCCACCACCACCUCCGAUGCAGCCGCCUCUGUCACCCUCGCAUCCAGCUUCCUCCCCCGGGGGAGGAUUUGGGGCGACCCCAGUUCCAGCAACAGAGCCCCCAUUUGGGAGACAGGUGCGGGGCGUACUGAGGAAAAGGGGCAGCCCUAGCGAAGGGGCGGGACAGGGACCCCUGCUGCCGUGCCCCCAACCCAAGGUUGGGCGAAUGGACAGUCCCCGAUCCAGCCGUCCACCGAUGGGCCGUACAGUCAACAGUUCAAACAUCAAAGAAGUUCCUAUUGUGGAGAACCUGCCACCUCCAGAGCCCGUUAAGGUCUCCCUACCGAAGGAAGUGGAAGAGGAUUCAGCGACACUCGAAUUGCGCCGUAAGAUCGAAGAGCAAAAGAAAUUGCGAGAACAGGUCCUGCGCAUCAAAGCGGAACGCCGUAAGCUAGCGGCCAUGCAGAGGCAGAGGGACGUUAUGGAGAAGAAUCUGCAUAGCGGUAUGGGAGAUACCGCUCAGAAGAGCGACAGUGCAGCUGUUGUAGCGGAGGCCACAGCAACAGCUGCUCCAAACAAACAGCAAAUUCUGCCAGUACAGCGAGUACAGCCGCCAGAAAAACCAGCAGUUAGCGUCAAGCAACGCCUGGGCCUGAAACCAAGUGUGCAGCAAGACACUCCCAGUCCAGUCGUGGGAGGCCCAGUGAAGAAGGUGGUGAUAGUGCGAAGAAAUCCGUCUCAGCAGCCAGCCAUUCCGCAGCAGAAGCUGCCGAACCGAAAUGUCAUAUCUCUGUGUCCGCAGGGUCCAGGAGUUCGGCACCCUCUGCGGGGCAGAGGUGGGAUCUCUGUGGUGGGCCGGGGAGCAGGGCGCAGUGUUGUGCGCCCCUCGUUACCUCCACAGCAGCAGCAGCAGCCACAGUGCGCCCCGAAUGUGGCGAAGAAAGUUAUCAAAAUCGUACCUGCAACCAGGGGUCGCAUACAGGGGCCUUCAGUGCGAGGGGGUGGAGGCGAUGUUGCACAGAGGCUUGGACACCAAGGGGGACACAUACCACCGACGACGCAGGUCCUUGUCAACAACUUGUCUGCCUCAACCACUGAAGCACAGCUCAAGCAGCUGGGAAGCACUUGUGGAGUGAUCACUGGUAUAGUGCUGGACCGCAACCAGAGAAGAGCCGUGAUUGGCUUUCAGGAUCAGCAGCAGGCCUUUACAUUUCAGAAGAAAUACCAAAGGCACAUGUUUGACCUGUCCAUGAUCCAGGUGAGCCUUCUUCCACCCUGAAGAGGAAAACUACAGAGUUGGGCCGUUCCUCACCUGACAAAAAAGGUCGUCGUAGCCAGUUCGUCGUCUUCAACAUGGAGGAGGUAGGGCCGUCUCGUUCUCUACUGCAUUGGACUCCACCAGUAGACAUACGAGGACCUGCCCAGUCGACGUCUGCUGCUGCUUCUCGUGCCGUCUGGUUUGCUAAACCGAAAAACACUCGAGAGACACACUAGAGCCCUUUUUUGCGGUUUCCAGCAUGUCCCAGUUUUCUGUGUCACCCGACUGUUGUCCGGUUGUCGCGGAAGGCCGUGGCUGCCUGCCAGCCACUGUUUCCGCUUGGUCAUCAUGUGACACGGUACACUUCACAGUUACACGAUUUUGAGAGCUGCUGCACAGUUGAGUGGUUAGAACUCGAUACGAAGUACCUCGGUCGACUGGGGGUGCUUGAGCUGUAGAAGAGCGCCCGAAGUUUUUUUUUUUAAUUUUCCAUAUUCUUUUUAUUUCCUACGGGGGUUUCCUCACUUCAUUGCAUUGCGGAGAAGAAAGACUCAGGUGACGGUGUGCACCUACAGCCAAGCUGUAGCAGUACUGCAUAUCAGAGACAAACUGAAAAGUCUGCAAGAUUUUCGGAGUUUCGUUGGAAGAUCUUCCCUCGUAGCGGUCAAGGUCGUGCCAUGAGGAUCUCGCACUCUUUCCUCAUUCGUUUUCUGUAGUUCAUUAAAGGUACGAGUGUCAAACAAUCA